UUGGAGUUCCCGCGAUGGCUUGCGCGCCCUCCAUACUUCCCUCAGCCCUUCAACCGCACGAACAUCGACUCGUGCGGGGAGGGCGUCGUGGGUGUUCCCCACAAGUACAUUCUGCGCGGACUGGACGUAACAGGUCACAAGUGCGUAUUCAUUCUUUGCGCCACCUUCGACACCGCGCCCCUAGGGAACACCCUCCCCACCGAGCUCAAGGUCGUCAUCGCCGACCACACUAUGAUGGCUGCCGCAUCCCGACUCCCAAGCUCCUUCCCCACCCACGCCCUCGCGGUGUGGGACGCGCCCAACCCCACCGCAGGCCCGCUCCACGGUAUCGACCCCGCGACGGGCCGGCGCAAGGUGCGCCUGGUGCCCGUGCACAACCUCGUGCUCGCCGCGCACUGCGCGAACUGGUUCCCCAUGCCCUCGAACCCCGCGGCCGAGCGCAAGCGCGUCGUCGUGAACAGCGGCGGCGCCGAGGGCACGGAGCUCACCCUCCCCGUCAUCCCGCUCCCGGUCGCGCACGUCGACUCGUUCCACCAGCUCAUCUACGGCAUGUACACGCACAAGGUCUCGCGGCUGCUCGAUGAGCUCGUGCCCGUGCAGAAGCCCGCGUACACGCUGCCGACCGCGGCGAACCCGCACCCGAAGAACCCGCACUACAUCAUCGAGACGGGCAAGCGGCUCGCCGCGCGCUACCAGCCCUGGGCGAUCGUGAGGAUGCUCAAGCACGUUAUCGGGCUCUGGCAGAAUGCGUGCCAGCUCGGCGUUAGCGACAAGCGCAUCUGGCUUGCCAUCGACUGGAGCUGGGACAUGCUCCUCACCGGCCUCGCGCACGCGACGGGCCAGCCGAACGCAGUCCCGCGCCCGCAACCGCGCAAGUUCCGGCGCCCCGUCGCGGCGUCGAUGGUCCAGCAGCAGCAGGCUCAGCCCGUCGACGCGAAGAUCGAGAAGGUCCACCUCGAGCACGUCCUGCCGCAGUAUAGCUCCCACGCACCCGCGCAAUAAGUCACGACCGACCCCCUCACCCUGGAUACCAGCAUACCCGACUCUUGUUUCUUCGUUCUCUUUUGGUGCGGGAUCGCGGCGCCCUCAAACCAUCAUCAUCUACACCAUCGCCAUUGUCCUAUAUGCCCCUCUCGUCAUCGCGCGCACCGCGCGCCCAUAUGCCCUACCCGCC